AUGGCAACCAAGGCUACUUCGUUUAUGGAUUCAGCUGAAUACAAGUCAUUGUUACGUCGGAGGGAUAACUUGAAGCUGGAAUUAUUUUCUCAUAUGCGGUUUGUGAAUGACUUUACUGAGUCGACUUUGGCUUGUCAAGUAGUUGACAUCAGACUGCGUCAGGUUCAGACUUCAAUAAAUCAAUUUGAGGAUGUACAAAGCAAAAUUGAAAGCUUGGACGACAGGGAUGAUGAUUCUCAAGCUAAACAGCGAAUUGAAUUCAAUGAAUUAGCAUGUAAUGUCCAAGCAUCUUUAAUGGUAUUAUCUUCGGAUGCUAAGAAACAGUCUUCAAAGGCAGAAAUAGUCAAUGUUAAUGACACAAUGCGAUUACCAUCAGUACCUGCUCCUAUCUUUGAUGGCAAUUUGCAAAAUUGGCCAGCUUUUAAGGACUCAUUUGAUGCUAUGUUCCACAAUAAUAAAUCAUUAGCUGAAGUUCAAAAAUUGCAUUACUUAAAAUCUUGCAUGUCAAAUUCAGCUGGUGAUGUUAUUAAAAACUUCCCAACAACUGGUGAUAACUAUCAACGAGCUUAUGAUGCUUUACUUAUGCGCUUUGAGAAUAAGUCAUUAACAAUCCAAUCGCACAUACGGUCUUUAUUAGAUACUCAAAAGGUCACCAUUGCGACAGCAGCUGAGCUCCAAAAAUUACACCAUCACAUAAUCUCACAUGUCAAAGCAUUAGAAGCGUUACAUCAACCAGUCAAGGAUUGGGAUGCAUGGCUUGUCACAUUAAUAUGUUACAAAUUAGAUAAUGUCACAGUAGGGGAAUGGCAACUGCGCCAGAGUACGCGAGAUCUACCCAAAUUCACUGAGCUUGAAACAUUUUUAUUAAAUCGUAUAUCAGCCUAUGAAGUCGGUGAUUUUAAUAAUAUCUCCAUUAGGGAACCAGGUCAAGGUCAGAACUUGAAAAAAGUUCCUUACAAAAAAGUGUUGUUUUCAAAAAAGGACAAUCAUAAAACCUCAACUAGCUACAAAUGUGUAUUAUGCACAGGUUCUCAUAAAUUACAUGCCUGUGAUAAAUUCCUGGACUUGUCGGUCUCUGAACGUUCAAAAGUAGUUAGCAAUCAUUCUUUAUGUUUUAAUUGCUUACAUUCUGGUCACAGUGCUGCUGUCUGUCGUUAUGGAAGUUGUCAUAAGUGUGGUCGCAAACAUCAUACCAAACUACAUGAAUAUCAGCAUACCACUAAACCAGAUGACAUCUCGACAAGUGAUUCAGAGCAGCAAGUUGAAGCACAAUCGUCGCACACUUCAAUGCAUGUACAACAACAUAACAAAGUACAUCAAGUUAUGCUAGCAACAGCCAUCGUCAAGGUAUAUGGAACAGCAAGUGAACAACAUGAGUUGCGGGCAGUCUUAGACUCUGGGUCACAGAUUAAUUUCAUAACUAGACGGUGUGCUAAUCUACUAAAACUAAAACCAUCAAUGUCAACGUCAAAUAUAUCAGGCAUAGGAACACUGUCAACCAAGUCUGCCAAACUUGAACCCACAGUUCUCUCAUCACGUUUUGGAUCAUAUCAAACCAUUGUUGAUCUGCAUGUCUUGCCUGUCAUUACUGGUCAUCUACCAACGAGCACUGUUGAUAUUAACCAAUUCAAUAUCCCAGACCAAGUUAAAUGUAAGCUUGCAGACCCGUUACUUCAUAAACCUCAACCAAUAGACCUAUUGUUAGGUGCGGAAUUGUUUUUUGAGCUGUUCAUAGGUAACCACAUCAAACUUUCAUCCAAGUCAUUUGCAUGUGAAACACAGUUGGGUUGGAUAAUCACUGGAUGCAUUCCUGUCAUCGAGUCAUCAGCAUCAAAUUCAUUAGUAUCUACAACACUCACCACCAUUCAAAAUAGCAUAUCUGCACUAUCCUUCUAUAGUCCAAAAGGGAUUGCCCAACGUGCUGAAGAAACUCAAGUUGAAAGUCAUUUUCAAAGCUCAAUUAAGUAUGAUCACAAUGGGCAAUUCAUAGUAAAGCUACCAAUCAAUGGUGACCCUUGUGUUCUGGGAGAUUCAACAUACAUGGCUACAAAAAGAUUAUUAGCAAUGGAACGACGAUUGAUGAGCAACACAACCCUGGCAACUGAGUAUAAAAGGUUCAUGACUGAAUAUCUAACUAUUGGCCACAUGGAGAAAGUUCAAGAUUCAGACAUCUGUCAACCCAUCACUUACUAUCUUCCCCACCAUGCUGUGGUUAAAGAAAACAGUAUAACAACAAAGACUCGUGUUGUGUUUGACGCAUCAGCUGCUACAUCAACUGGUGUUUCUCUUAAUGAUAUUUUAAUGCGAGGACCUACAGUACAGCCAACGUUAUUUCAAAUUAUUCUAAGAUUUCGGUUACAUAACAUAGCAAUCACAGGUGAUAUUGAAAAAAUGUACCGCCAAAUCAAGGUUGAUAGAUCGGACUGCGAUUUACAACGAAUUGUAUACAGAUCAAAUCCAAGUCACCCAGUGCAACAUUAUAGACUACUAACUGUCACAUAUGGGACCAAAUCAGCGCCCUAUCUUGCUACGAGAUGUUUAUCUGAAUUAAGCAAACGUUGUACUGAUCAAAGAGUCUCUAGAAUAAUUAAAGAAGACUUUUAUGUAGAUGACUUGCUAAGCGGUGGAACAACAGUCGAAGAAUGUUUUCAAUAUUAUCAAGAACUGACUAAUGUACUAAAUCAAGUCAAUUUUCCUAUCAGAAAAUGGUGUUCAAAUUCAGCAGAGCUGAUCGCUAAGAUACCGUCUGCCAAAGAACAACAUUAUUCAUUGUCGUUGGCUGAAGAUGAGUCUAUUACCACUCUAGGACUAACAUGGUUACCAAAUAAAGAUGUUGUUAAAUUUGUACUCAAGCCUUGGAGCCCACAAACAAAGAUGACGAAGAGAUCGUUGUUAUCAGAUCUACACAAAAUUUAUGAUCCCCUUGGAUUCAUCACACCGGUACUAAUAAAAGGGAAGAUUUUCCUCCAACAGUUAUGGACACUCAAAGUUGGUUGGGAUACAGUUUUACCUCCUGAAACACAACUCAAGUGGACAAAAUUUUGCAAUAGUCUGCAAUCAAUUGAAAACCUAUCCAUUCAACGGUUAGUCUUAUGUAAUGCCAGCAAACGAAUCGUUACACUCCAUGGUUUCUGUGAUGCAUCACAAAAUGCAAUUGGUGCUUGCAUCUAUGUUCGGUCAACCACAAUUGACUCUGAGGAUUCAUGGACAACCGCUCUAUAUACGUCAAGGUCUCGAGUAGCACCUAUUCGCACCACAACAAUACCCAGGUUAGAGCUUAACGGUGCAACACUAUUAGUUGAGUUGAUGGCAGAAGUUCGAAAAGAGUUUGAGGCCCUCAAUAUAUUUAUAUCAGAUGACAAUGUGACAUUGUGGACAGAUUCCUCAAUUGUAUUGUCAUGGAUCAACACAGACAUACCGUUGAAAACAUAUGUUGCCAACCGAGUAACUCAAAUUCAUGAAUCUUCAAACAUAGCCCAAUGGAGAUAUGUUCCGUCACAAGACAAUCCUGCAGACCUCAUAUCUCGAGGAGUCUCAGCUCAGGUAUUGGAAUCAUCAAGUCUCUGGUGGAAAGGACCACAGGGGUUAGGACAAAACAAUAACUGGUGGCCUGCAGUUGUCAAUCAUAUAGCUGACAUUCCAGAAGUUCGUGUCAUCAAGCCUGUCUUAACAGUUACUAAAUCGCCCAGUGAUGAAUCCUCAAAUGAAUUUAACUUAUUAAAUCAAUAUUCAAGUUGGACAAAACUUAUUCGUGUAACAGCUUAUAUUCGAAGAUUUUUUAAUAAUCUUAGAUCUGGGAAAUCUGUAAGAGUCACAGAGUAUCUCCACGCCUUUGAACUUAAGGCUGCUAAGGAAGUUUGGAUAAGAGUUUCUCAACAAGAUGCAUUUAAAAUUGAAUUAGCAUGUCUUGAGCGUGGCACUCAACUACCUCGACGUAGUAAACUCAUUAGUCUAAGCCCCUUUCUUGAGAAUGGUAUCAUCAGAGUUGGAGGAAGGUUACAGUUAUCUGAGUUACCUGCCAAUCAAAGACAUCCUGCAGUUUUGCCAAAGGCACAUCAUGUAACUCAACUCAUGUUCGAACACUAUCACAAACAAUAUUUACAUGCUGGUCCCCAAAAUUUGCUCAAUAGGGUUCGCCAAGAAUAUUGGCCUCUUGAUGCGAGAAACACAGCUCAACGUAUUGUACAUAACUGCAGCACAUGUUACCGAGCCAACCCUCAUACAUUCCAACCUACGAUGGGAAAUCUACCUCGACUUCGAGUGACUCCAAGUCGUCCAUUUACUACAACUGGUAUUGACUUCGCUGGACCCAUCAGCUUGCAUUCAGGUCCUCGCAAUCGAACAGUCUCUAAGGCAUAUAUAGCUGUUUUUAUAUGCUUCAGCACUCGCGCUAUUCAUUUGGAGGCUGUUAGUAGCUUGACAUCCCAAGCAUUUUUAGCAGCUCUACGGCGUUUCUUUUCACGAAGAGGCCAAAGUUCCCACAUAUAUUCAGAUAAUGGCACAAACUUCUGUGGCGCUAACGCUGAACUGAAACGUCUUUAUAAACAUCCAUGCGAUAACAAUAAGACUGUUGUGGAGACAUUAGCACAAGAUGAAAUUCAGUGGCACUUCAAUCCUCCAAGUGCACCUCAUAUGGGUGGUCUCUGGGAGGCAGCUGUAAAAUCUACCAAGCACCAUCUCGUAAGAACUUUAAAAUCAGCUAAGCUCAAUUUUGAAGAAUUGGCCACAUUAUUAUGUCAGAUUGAGGCAUGCUUAAAUAGCCGACCAUUAACUCCUCAAUCAAGUGAUCCUGAAAGUUUUGCAGUGCUAACACCUGCACACUUUUUAGUGGGAGGUUGUUUAACAUUACCUCCAGAUGUACAACUUCCUGAGAAGCCUAUUAAUCAUUUAAAGCGAUGGCAUAUUGUUCAGGGAAUGAUGCAAGGGUUUUGGCGCAGAUGGUCCAAUGAAUACCUUCGCACACUACAGGUCCGAUCUAAGUGGAAUGUUGACAAUAAAGAUGUAGUCAUCAGACUCGGAGAUUUAGUUCUAGUUGUUGAAGAUAAUCAAACUCCAUUAAGUUGGCGCAUUGGUCGAAUAACACAACUUCAUCCUGGCUCCGAUGGCAUUGUUCGUGUUGUAACAGUUAGCAUGCCUGGUAAUAAAUCAUUCCGACGGCCCCUAGUGAAACUAUGUCCAUUGCCCUAUGUCAGUGCUGAAGAAGCUACAUAA